GGUCUUGCCAACACCAGUGUGAAGCUCUGAAACCUCUCUAAUGGCGCUCCUCAUCCCUUCACCUAUCAAGCUCAUCGCCGCCACCCUCGCCACCAACCCCCGCCAUCGCUUUCCACCAAACCCUAACCUCAUCUCUCAACCUCCAAAACCCUUCCUUUCCUCCUUCCCAUCCUUCUCCUCCUGCAUCCCCAUCAAACCCCUCUUUAACUCCUCUAUCUCCUCCAAAUUCACCGAAGUCUCCGACAUCACCGACUUCGCCGCAGUCUCCGAUGACCUCGACGACGACGAAGCCCUCGCCAGCUCGCCGUGGGAGGGUGCUAUCGUGUACCGCCGGGACGCAUCGGUGACCCAUCUCGAGUUCGCCACAACCCUAGAAAGGCUCGGCCUCACCAAGCUCUCCACUGCCCUUUCAAGGUCCCGCGCCUCAACAAUGGGCAUCCGGCUCCCUUCCCGGAAACCCGGUGGCUCGUCCGCCGCCGCCGCCGGCGAUGACGGAACUCCGGUUCUCAUCUCGAUCGAUGUCACGAGGAGGAAGCGCAAGCUGAAGCUCGAUGGGAUCGUUCGCACUGUCAUCACUCUCGGAUGCAACAGGUGUGCUGAUCCGGCUGCGGAGACUGUGUUUAAGAAUUUCACUCUUUUGCUAACUGAAGAUCCAGUCGAGGAAUCUGAAGAAAUUAACUUAGGUGUCAUAUAUGGAGAAGACAAAGGCAAACCCUCGACAGGAAGUGGCAAUGAAGAGGGAGAAGACGAUGAGAAACAAAUAGACAUAGAUGACAGGCUUCACUUUCCAUCUGAAGAAAAGGAAAUCGAUAUUUCAAAACACAUCAGGGACAUUGUGCAUGUUGAGAUAACAAUAACUGCAAUAUGUGAUGCAAGCUGCAAGGGAUUAUGCCUACAAUGCGGAGUAAAUCUAAACAGAAAGGCUUGUACUUGCAGCAAGAAGAAUGCAGAAGAGAAACAGUAUGGACCACUUAAGGACCUCGGAAAGCAAAUGCAAAGGAGAUGAUCUAUAUAUUGGCGCAUCAAAUUAGGUUUGUCGACCAAUUUCAUCAGAAUCAUCGAUAUAGUUCUGAUGUGAAGGUAUCAAAGAGUAAGAAGAGCAGAGAUAAAGGAUGCGUCAUCUAUUCAUGUAUGUUGCCCUUCACCGGAGUUCAUUGUUCAUAUUCGUUUGUUACUGCAGUUAUUAUUGUUCUUCUUUUGGGUUUGUUGUUCCUAUUUUGUUUGACGGUAUGCUGAAACAGUGAAUCACUAAUUGUAACACAAGGGUGUUCAAUAUAUUCAUUUGCAGGAUCUUGGCAUCUUGCCUGAUCAUUUUGCAGAAA